AUUCGAAGUUAGUUUUGACCCUUUUCCUUGAUCACACUUACAUCCACAUGUUCAAGUCCACGGUCUUCUUUCCAAUUCUUCCUCUUCAUUUCUCUUGCCCGAAACCAUAUAUAAAGUUAAGAGAACCUUGCAGCAAUUCAUUUCUCUUGCCAGAAUAAUAAUAAUAAAAAAAAAAAAAAGCAUAGCAAGCGUAUCAUCUUCAUCUGAGUCUCUGUUGUUCAAGAUCGAUUUGGCCUUCGUUCCUUCUCAUCUGCAGUUGAAGAUUUUACUUCCAGCAAUCAAUUAAAGAGGCCAGAUAUGGAGGACAUUGAUAUUUUGGAAAGAGCUCCUACUCCUGCAAAACCUUCCACCCAACGUAUGUAUCCAUCAGUUGAUGCCGAAAUAGUGGGUUUCGACGAUGAUGCAGAAAAUGUAAUUCAAAAACUGAUAGGAGGGCCAACAGAGCUUGACAUUAUCUCGAUCGUCGGGAUGGGCGGGCUAGGUAAAACAACUUUGGCUAGAAUGGUAUACGAUAAUCGUUUUAUUCGUGCUCACUUUGAUGUUCGAGUGUGGUGCUGCAUUUCACAAACAUGUAAUGUGAAAGCGCUGUUGCUUGAGAUGCUAAAGCAAACUAUGGGUUAUAAGCAUGUUGCUGUAGAUGCUGAUAGAAUAUCAGACAUGUUGCGGGAGAGUUUAUUUGGAAAGAAAUAUCUCAUCGUAUUGGAUGAUAUAAAGGAAGUCGAGCCAUGGGAAGAGUUGCGACAUUCUUUCCCAAAUGGUGAAAAUGGAAGUAGAAUAAUGGUAACUACUCAUGUUGAAGCAGUAGCUAAAGAGCUUAAGCACUACAGUGAUCCUUAUUUUCUUUCAUUUCUAAGUGAUAAACAUAGUAGGGAAUUAUUGCAGAAGAAAUUAUUUCAAGGGGAAAGUUGUCCUCCGGAGCUACGUAGUGUAGUAGCACAAGUUGCUGAACACUCCAAGGGAUUGCCUCUUGCUAUUGUAUUGAUUGGCUCACAUCUUUCGACAAAGAAAGCUUCUUUGUGGCUUGAUAUUGUGAAUAAUUUGACUUCCAAUUCUUUAGAACAAGAUGCAAUGAAGGUGAUACAACUAAGUUACGACCAUUUACCGGACCAUUUAAAGUCUUGCCUUCUGUACAUAGGAUUGUUUCCUAAACGUUAUGAAAUUCCUGUGUCUGAUUUGCUAAAGUGGUGGAUAGCUGAGGAGUUAGUACAUAACAAUGACACAUUGGUACUAGAAGAAGUAUCAAAGAUUUACUUGAAUGAUCUUGUUCACAGAAGCCUAGUAAUGGUUUCUAAAAGAAGAACUAAUGGUGAAAUAAAAUACUGCAAAGUUCAUGAUCUAGUGCGUGAGUUUUGCUUGGACAAAAUUAAAAAGGAGAAGUUUAUGCAGACCAUACUGCCAUAUAGUUCACGUCAAACUUUAGAUUCAGAUGAACAAAGGUUAUGCAUGUAUAUACAUGGCACCAUGAAAAGUAAUUCCAAGGAAAAGGAGUCUUUUGGACAACAUCAUCAAAGGCCACUGGAGUUCAUUGUUCAUCCAAAAUUCAGUAUAUCGGACAGUAAAAGUCUUUUCCCUUUACUCAAUAAAUUUAGACUUAUUCGGGUGUUGCAUUUAUUGGAUAUCUAUUUGCAAAAUUCUUGGGCUGCUGCAUUCCGAUCACUGACUCACUUGAGGUACCUAUCAAUUUUUGUCAAAGCAUUUGAUUUCAAGUGGGUGUCACACCUACUCCAUCUACAAACCUUGCAGGUUCGUUCAUCUUACAUAAUGGUAUCACCUGCUAUUUGGAAUAUGGAGAAGUUGAGGCAUGUCGAUAUAAACGAAUUUUUGAUUAAAUGGGAAGACAAUGAACGAGUAAUGUUUGAAGAAUCUUCAAAAAUAGUGUUAGAUAACUUGAAGACUGUUGGCAUGUGCUAUAUGUCCGUGGUUGACAUGACUCCGAAGUUUUGGGGAAAGUUUCCAAAUCUUGAAGAACUCACCCUCCACAUUGAUGAAUUUGGAGAUGUUCCCAAUGCUAAUAAAGAAAAAGGGUUUGGAGAUGUUCCCAAUUAUUCAGACUCCGCAUUGAUGAAUUUGGAGAUCUUCCCCUCAAGUCUUAAGGUUUUGUCCCUUAGUGACAUCUUCCUAACGGACGAAAUAGUUUCAAGUAUUGCAAAAUUGAGACACCUUGAGACUCUUAAAUUAUCUGAAAUAUACUUUAGGGGGGAACAGUAUUGGGACCUCAAUGACAACAAGUUCCCUGCACUUAAAGUUUUGAGGCUACAUCAUGUCUUUAUGAUUGAAUGGUUUUGCUUAGAUGCAUCUUCAUCAUUUCCUGUGCUUGAAAAACUAAUAUUAAAAAGUUGUUCCAAGCUUGAAGAGAUCCCGUAUAGCUUUGCAGCUAUCUAUCGUCUGCAAUUGAUUAAAGUGAUCGACUGUAGCAACUCAAUUGGAAAUUCAGCUUUGGGCAUUAAACAAGAAGCAGGGGGCAUUGGAAAUGGCAGUCUCAAAGUUCAUAUCUUAAAGACUAAACACGAAUCCACCUAAAUGCAAAUCCAGAUCCAUUGGACUCGUUAUCUUCUGAUCAAAGGAUACAUGCAUCAGUAGAAGCUAAACCGUUGCGCCCAAUUCCUAUUUCUGUUCUGCUACAUGGUUACUGAGACAAAAUGUUUCACUUUUGUUGAUGGGUUCUUUUGCAUAUCAGCUUUGUGUAGUUUCUGACUUGCAACUGCUCUGAUAUGUAUGGUCACAAAUUCUGCUUUUACCAUCUGUCAUGUGGAUCAAUCAGUUUAUUUCAUAUUUUACAUUGUUUCAUUUGUC